CUAUAUAAACAGUUUAUCGCUUCGAUAUAAUGGAAGAUCGUUGCUGAGCUCCCAAUAGUGAUACGUUGCUAGAAUAAAAUUUCAAAUUUCCAUUCAUUUCCUUUCACGCGUGUAUUAACAUUACAAUACUACAGACGUGGAAUUUUAUCAGCUGGAUACUAUAUAUCAACGUUCUAAGUGUUGCAUUUAUAAAUAUGUUCUGCAGAGUUCAUUACUUCUAAUUGUAAUUAAGGACUAGAUAAUUAAUCCUCUACACACCAAUACACAAAGAGUGACCACAGACGUGGUUUAUUGGUAACAGCUGUCCAGACAUUAAACCAUAGUACAGUAGCAAUGUAGAAGGCAACACAGCCAAAUAAUAAACCAAAUUUUUGAAGAUUUCUUAUGCUAAUGAAGAGUUAUCGAAACAGGAAGGAGUAUUUCGUAAUUCUAAUCAACUGUUUUUGAUGCAGUAAACUAUUUCAAUUUAAAGUUCUAAGGAAACAUAACAUUCAAGAUGAGGAUUCAACAAUUAAGCAGAGCAACAUAUGUACUUUUUGUUAUUGUUUGUGCAGUAUUAGGAGCACCCACUGGAAAACCAAAACGAAAAGGGUGUAGGUGUAAAAAGGUUUACAAAGAACUACAAGAAGCAUUUGAUGCAAAAUUCAAGGCGUUUGAAAACAGAUUCACAGCAGACUUGCCAAAUUUAAAUAAAAUAGCUAAUGAGACAAUGAAAUUAGCAGAGUACAAUGCUAGAAUUUCUAAAUUAUUUGAAAAUGUACAGUUUACCCAAGAUGCAUUGCAAAGAGAAAGUCAGACAUUAAAAUCUGUUCGAAAUCAAAUUUCAGAACAGAGGAUAAAUUUAAAAGAUUUGAAUAGCAAUUUUGCAGUGUUAGACGCUGUUGUUAAAAAUUUAUCGGACGUUAUUGAUAGACUAGCGAACAUUUCUCCAUUACCAGCGCUAAGCAACAAAAUCAACCAAUUAAACACAGAACCUAAACCGUCAAUUCCAGCAACACAACCAACGGAACCUACGAAAGCAACAACGCUACAAGAAAUGACGUCAUAUCCAAAAGAUUGUCAUGAGGUGCACAAAUCUGGUGGAAUGAAAUAUGAAGGGGAUUACUACAUUAUGAUCAAACCAGACAAAUCACCAAAACCUUUCAAAGUACUCUGCAAAGUAGUCAACGGCACAGGCUGGACAGUGAUUCAGCGGAGGCAAGAUGGAUCGGUUGAUUUUUACAGGAAUUGGCAAGAUUAUAAAACAGGAUUUGGUAAUCAAAAUGGAGAGUUUUAUCUUGGCAACGAACAUAUACAUCACCUUACAUCUCAAGGUGAUUACAAACUGCGCAUUGACAUGGAAGAAUGGAAUGGCAAGAAAUACUAUGCAGUUUAUGACAUUUUCCGUACAGCAGACGAAAAUGACAACUACCGCUUGCACAUUACUGGUUACCAUGGUACAGCGGGUGACUCCAUGACAACAAUGCGUGACGACCAUAAUGGUAUGCAAUUCAGCACGUAUGACCGUGAUAACGAUAAACGAUCACUGAACAACUGUGCCGUACAUUAUCGGGGAGGAUGGUGGUACUCGGAUUGUUUCGAAUCUAACCUUAACGGUCGAUAUUACACAGAAGGACAACACAACGAUUUAUUCCGAAGGAACGGUAUCCAAUGGAAUAGUAUUCAUUAUAAUUCGUCGCUCAAAUUUGUUGAAAUGAUGAUUAUGCCAUCAGAUGGCUCAAUGAAUAAUAAUCAUAUUUGAGAAAGAAACUACUGACAAAUUUAAAGUGUAAACAGCGUUUUAAUAUGAGAUUAAACUAUUCUCAACUAGUCUGACCUAAAAAAAAAAACGAGACUUGCUGACCACACUCUAAAUAGAAAUGAUACUUCGCCUUCUAACAGUUCAAGGUUAUCGCCCUCUAUUUCCAUAACGACAAAGACGUUUUACACUUGUUUAUUCAACAUUCAGAUGGGUUUUAAUGAAAUUUGUGAAGGUUGUGAAACCAUGUGAUAUUAAAAAACGCAGACAUUUCUUGUUUUGUGAUAAAUAUAUUAUUUAUUAUUUACGAAAUAGUGCUCCAAGAGAAAGACUGUUAAAGUACUUUUUAACAAAAUGUUUCGAAAGGACGAAAUUGCAUUGCAAUGUCUAACAGACAUUCACAGUUAAAUAGAAUCUUAGUGUGUUAAAAAUCAUGCCAUUUUGUACGAAAGUUCACUCAUUAGCAUAUUUUGUUUGUUUGUAAUAUUUGCAGCUGGUAUAGAGUAAUUACUGUACAUUCACACAUACUGUUUUAUUUAUUUUCCUACCAGCAUUUUUCAUUGUUGUAUUCAUUUACUUGGCAUCAAAACUUAUUUCAUUUAUAAUGCUUCACUGCCAUAUGACCUUUGAACUCAAAGAAAAAAGUUGGAUUACAUAACUUGUAAUUUUUGGCACUAGACGUUUACAUAAUAUAAUAAUAACUAAUGUAGCAGUUAAAGAAACAAACAGUUGAAAUUAAAGACAGUUUUUAUUUCUAUAGGCACUGUGUCUCCUGUAAACGCUACUAACAAGAAGUUGUAAUUAUAAUGUGUAUAUAUAUAAGUGUAAAUUAACAGUAUUGUUUUUGUUUAGCACUGUAAAUAAAAAGGUGCCUAUACGAUUUAUACAUAUGUUGAUACGGGUAGUACGAACAUUAAAGCUAGAUACCUGAUGUUAAA